UGAGAGAGGGCGGGGGGAAGGAAGAGGAGGCGGGAUCUGGGCGCUGCGUUGGCUGCGGUCUGGCAUCAAGGGGGCGGCCCUGGCGGAGUGCAGACCCAGGGGCCCUCGGAGAUUAUGGACCCGGCCGAGGCGGUGCUGCAGGAAAAAGCGCUCAAGUUUAUGGGUAAAUACCCAGAAGGGGAAUUGCUGGGUCAUAUGUGCUCUAUGCCCAGGUCUCUGUGGCUGGGCUGCUCCAGCCUGGCGGACAGCAUGCCUUCGCUGCGAUGCCUGUAUAACCCAGGGACUGGCGCACUCACAGCUUUCCAGAAUUCCUCAGAGAGAGAAGACUGUAAUAAUGGCGAACCCCCUAGGAAGAUAAUACCAGAGAAGAAUUCACUUAGACAGUGGCUGUACCAUUUUACAUUUCCAUUAACAACUUAUAACAGCUGUGCCAGACUCUGCUUAAACCAAGAAACAGUAUGUCUAGCAAGCACUGCUAUGAAGACUGAAAAUUGUGUGGCCAAAACAAAACUUGCCAAUGGCACUUCCAGUAUGAUUGUGCCCAAGCAACGGAAACUCUCGGCAAGCUAUGAGAAAGAAAAGGAACUGUGUGUCAAAUAUUUUGAGCAGUGGUCAGAGUCCGAUCAAGUGGAAUUUGUGGAACAUCUUAUAUCCCAAAUGUGUCAUUACCAACAUGGGCACAUAAACUCGUACCUUAAACCUAUGCUGCAGAGGGAUUUCAUAACUGCUCUGCCAGCUCGGGGUUUGGAUCACAUUGCUGAGAACAUUCUGUCAUAUCUGGAUGCCAAAUCACUAUGUGCUGCUGAACUCGUGUGCAAGGAAUGGUACCGAGUAACAUCUGAUGGCAUGUUAUGGAAAAAGCUCAUCGAGAGAAUGGUCAGGACAGAUUCUCUGUGGAGAGGCCUGGCCGAACGAAGAGGAUGGGGACAGUAUUUAUUCAAAAACAAACCUCCUGAUGGGAAUGCUCCUCCCAACUCUUUUUAUAGAGCACUUUAUCCUAAAAUUAUACAAGACAUUGAGACAAUAGAAUCUAAUUGGAGAUGUGGUAGACAUAGUUUACAGAGAAUCCACUGCCGAAGUGAAACCAGCAAAGGAGUUUACUGUCUGCAGUAUGAUGAUCAGAAGAUAGUAAGCGGCCUUCGAGACAACACUAUCAAGAUCUGGGAUAAAAGCACAUUGGAAUGCAAGAGAAUUCUCACAGGCCACACGGGUUCUGUCCUAUGUCUCCAGUAUGAUGAGAGGGUGAUUAUAACUGGAUCAUCGGAUUCUACAGUCAGGGUGUGGGAUGUAAAUACAGGUGAAAUGCUAAACACGUUGAUUCAUCAUUGUGAAGCAGUUCUGCACUUGCGUUUCAAUAAUGGCAUGAUGGUGACCUGCUCCAAAGACCGUUCCAUUGCUGUAUGGGAUAUGGCCUCCCCAACUGACAUCACCCUCCGGAGGGUGCUAGUCGGACACCGAGCUGCCGUCAAUGUUGUAGACUUUGAUGACAAGUACAUUGUUUCUGCAUCUGGAGAUAGGACUAUAAAGGUAUGGAACACUAGUACUUGUGAAUUUGUGAGGACCUUAAAUGGACACAAACGUGGCAUUGCCUGUUUGCAGUACAGAGACAGACUGGUCGUUAGUGGUUCAUCUGACAACACUAUCAGAUUAUGGGACAUAGAAUGUGGUGCAUGUUUACGUGUGUUAGAAGGCCAUGAGGAAUUGGUGCGCUGUAUUCGAUUUGAUAAUAAGAGGAUAGUCAGUGGGGCCUAUGAUGGGAAAAUUAAAGUGUGGGAUCUUGUAGCUGCUUUGGACCCCCGUGCUCCUGCAGGGACUCUUUGUCUACGGACUCUUGUGGAGCAUUCUGGAAGAGUUUUCCGACUCCAGUUUGAUGAAUUCCAGAUUGUCAGUAGUUCACACGAUGAUACAAUCCUCAUCUGGGACUUUCUAAAUGAUCCAACUGCCCAAGCUGAACCCCCCCGCUCCCCUUCUCGAACAUACACCUAUAUCUCCAGAUAAAUAAUCAUAUACUGACCUCAAACUUGCCCAGGAUCGUUAAAGUUGCGGCAUUUAACGUAUCCGCCAAUACCAGGAUGAACAACAACAGUAAUGAUCAAAACAUUACCCGCUGUCCCCGGACUAGCCGAGGAGUGGGGCUUUGAGACCCCUGUUGGGACACAGUGGUCUGCAGUCGACUCAGGAGAGUCUACUCAGCACAGCUGACUGCUUCCGUGCUGCUAUCAGAUGUCUUUUAUCUUUCGUGAAUGAUUAGAACUUUGAAACCUCACCUCACUUCCCCUCCUCCUUUCCCCUGUGCACCUGUUUUUUCCUCAUUUGGUUCCAGACAAAGAUGACUUAUAAAUAUAUUUAAUGUUUUGCCAGAA